AGAGGGCGACGGGGGUUUGACGUUGGGGGAGGAAGGGGAGCAAAUAGCCCCCCACCGCUGCCCCUGGGUGAAGAGGCAACCCCGUUUCCUCCGUAGGCUCGGUGGAGGAGACGAAGAGCGGCUCCCUUUCCCGGGUCUGCCUGCCUGUCUUGUCUGUCUCUCAGAUGAGUGAGACGUCGCGGCCUUCUCUUUCUUGAAGGGGGGGGGAGCCUUUAGGGAAGGCCCCACAUUGGGGAGAAGCCCGUCCUUGUCGUGGUGUUCAGGCGAGGUAGUUACUUAAUCUGAAGAAGUGUUGUUCACGAUAUCUUAACCACAUCCAGCCCUGUUUAUGGUGGGUCCCUAGUACUGGGAAAAACUGAGUAAGGUUUGCACUGCCUGCCUACCUUGAUACCUGAAGCGGUGGGGUGACACAUCAUGUGUCAGGUAGACCCCAGGUGGUUGAAGGAUGCCCCUUACUAGAUACAGAAGGCCUGUCAAGGGUGAAAAAGAAACCGUUAAAAUCAGUAUUGAAAAUUCCUUUAAAGAGACUUGGUUUCAGCUUCCCAACGGCUGAAAGGAUCCUUCACACAAGUUGCACUUGGGUGGUGAGAGCAGAAGUCGCGUCUCGAUUUUCCACGUUACACUUUUGGAAACAGGAGCUGUUGUUUCUUGCUCAGCAAUGGCACACCCUUAAAAAAAAAAAAAGCAAUUUUGAUGUUUUGAUUUCAACUGUGGACAGUCUUUUGAAGAUGACUUAGGUCUCAAGAGAAAAAAAAGAGUUUGGACUUACUAAGGAAGUCAUACUGAUUUCAAAUUCUUGGAGUAGCAAGACAAGAUCAAAAAGUUAAAGCUAAGUGUAAAUUGAGCAAACAGCUGCAUCGAUUUCUUCCCCCCCCCCUCUGCACACGUUCUUUUAAAAGAGGCACUAUAAAUUGGAAUGUGGUGCUGGAUCUCUGUAGGAUCCCUUCAGUUGAUGGAAAAGUUCUCAUAGGUUUUUAUUUUUCAUUUUAAAUUAAAACUUUUGGAAUAUUCUUACUUGCCUCCACUGAAACCCAUUUUUUUUCCAGUCAAAGAUUUUGGGCACAAAAGAGCAUUGGAUAUAUCAGGAACUGGAUUUAUAACAUAUUUUUGCUUGGGGGAAAAACGACCAAGAUGGAUCUAGAGGAGCCUCAGCAGCUGGGCAUGUUUGUGGAAGGUGAAUUGAUGUCCGUGGGCAUGGACACGUUCAUCCACCGAAUUGACUCGACGGAAGUGAUCUACCAGCCUCGGCGGAAAAGGGCCAAACUCAUAGGCAAAUAUCUGAUGGGGGACCUGCUUGGGGAAGGGUCUUAUGGCAAGGUCAAGGAGAUGCUGGACUCUGAAACCCUCUGUAGGAGAGCUGUCAAAAUUCUUAAGAAGAAGAAGCUGCGACGGAUCCCCAAUGGAGAAGCUAAUGUUAAAAAGGAAAUACAACUCCUACAGCGGUUGCGGCACAAAAACGUGAUCCAGCUAGUUGACGUGUUGUACAAUGAAGAGAAGCAAAAAAUGUAUAUGGUGAUGGAGUAUUGUGUCUGUGGCAUGCAAGAGAUGUUGGACAGCGUUCCUGACAAAAAGUUUCCAGUCUUUCAAGCGCACGGGUACUUUUGCCAACUUAUAGAUGGCUUGGAAUAUUUGCACAGCCAGGGCAUCGUACACAAAGAUAUCAAACCGGGGAAUCUCCUGCUAACAACCAAUGGGACUCUAAAGAUAUCAGAUCUAGGUGUGGCAGAGGCCUUGCAUCCAUUUGCCGAGGACGACAUGUGCCGAACCAGCCAGGGGUCACCAGCUUUUCAGCCUCCAGAAAUUGCCAACGGCCUGGAUACCUUUUCUGGCUUCAAAGUAGAUAUUUGGUCAGCAGGUGUCACACUGUACAAUAUUACAACAGGCCUUUAUCCCUUUGAAGGGGAUAAUAUUUAUAAAUUAUUUGAAAACAUUGGAAAAGGAGAUUAUGUAAUCCCUGAGGAUUGUGGCCCUCCGCUUUCGGAUUUGCUUAGAGGAAUGCUUGAAUAUGACCCAGCCAAGAGGUUUUCAAUACAGCAGAUAAGGCACCACAACUGGUUUCGGAAAAAGCACCCUCAGUGUGAGCCUCCCAUCGCCAUUCCGCCCAGCCCGGAGACGAAGGAUCGGUGGAGGAGCAUGACGGUGGUGCCUUACUUGGAAGACCUCCAUGGCUACAAUGAGGAGGAGGAGGAGGACGACGACUUAAAAGAUGACUACUUAGAGGACGAGAUCAUUUACACUCAGGAUUUCACCAUGCCAGGGCAGGUGCCGAACGAGACCAGGCAGAACGGGCAGAGCUGCACCAGGGGGCUGCCCAAACCGGUCUGCAUGAACGGGACGGAGUCCGGUCAGCUGGUCAGCAAGACGAAAGCCGAGCGGCGGGCCAGCGCCUCUUCCAACCCUUCCCACAAGGCCUCUUCCGCCAGCAGCAAGAUCCGCAAACUCUCCACCUGCAAGCAGCAGUGACCACCAGCUGGACUGCCCGCCCCCACCUGAGUUCCAGAUUGUCUGCUGCCCUAAGCAGCCUUGCACCCCGAUCUCAUCCAUCGGGGUUCUCCUCCAUUCUACCCAUCCACCUGUAACAGAUCACCUGUAGAACAAGCUUGCAAUGAAACCAAGAAGAAGGAGAAGGGGUGAAUUUUAUUUUAUUUUAUUUUAUUUUUUUCAUUUGGUCUUUUUAAUGAGUCAAACCCAAGGGAAAAAUUGGACAGUGACUUGCAACCCACCUGUGACCUCCUUCUACAUGACUUUUCUUUUUGAAAUAAGCUUAACUGUGGUUUGUCGGAUGGGAUCCAGGCUCCUCUUUGACUGCGAUGCUUUGUGUGACCCAGAUAAACCCGGACUCUUUUCUGGGGGGUGCAUUGGGGAGCAGUGAUGGGAGGGGGGAGAGGCAGUGAGUGGUCUUUAAAGAGUGGUGUCCCUCCUGCAAAUCCUCUUUUGCUACCUUCCCAGGUGUGUUUGGAAACUUGCAAGCCAUCAACACGCACUUUAUGUAGUAGACUACUGUUAUAUUAUAUAUAUAUAUAUAUAUUAUAUAUGUGUGUGUGUGUGUGUGUGACUGUGUGUGUGUGUAUAUAUAUAGAUAUAUAUAGAUAUAGAUAUAUAUAUAGAGAUAUAAGAUAUUAUUUUUCUCUUUUUGAUUCCCGUCCUUUCCUUUAUUUUUUCCUUUGCAAUAUCUUUAAGGACUACUUUAUCCGUUACGAUGUGGCGGGGACGAAGGGACAAGAACCCAAAUAAGUAUUUUAAAAUUAAAACAUGAACAGCCUCCCCAUUCCGUUAUGAAUAAAACAAAACACAUACACCCACGCACACCCACACACACACACACACACACACAUAUAUAUAUAUAUAUAUACAAAAAAAAUCUGCAUGCUGUUUAUAAGGGCUGGAGCAAAGGGAAAAGUGCUUUUCUGGUUUUUGUUUUUUCCUUUUUUUAAAAAGAAAAUAAAGAUUCAAUGGAGA